GUCUACACCGUUCGCUCACGCUACAUUAAUAAUUCCCACGCGCCACUCUCCCAAAUCUCAAACACUUCAAUUCGUCAAUUUCUUUUUUUUUUUUUUAAAUAAAAAAAUAUACAAACCUAGAGAGAGAAAGUAGAGAGAGAAAAAGGGAGAAGAAGAAAAGGCAGAAGCAAUUGGCAGAGAUUUUUGAACGAAAGCUUAGUAGAUCUCUAUUAUCUCAGUUUGGGCAAGCAAAAGGUUUAUGAACUCAACAUCUUGAGUGAAGAGGUCUCUUGAGUGAGUAAUAGGUUUUGGGUAUAAAGAUUUAGAAUGGCAGAUGAAGUUUCUAGCUUUUGGGGCCCUGUUACAUCCACUGAUUGGUGUGAGAAAAACUAUAUGCAUUCUUCUUAUGUUGCAGAGUUUUUCAACACCAUAUCGAACAUCCCGUGCGUUGUUUUAGCACUCUUUGGUCUUGUAAAUGCUCUUAGACAGCGUUUUGAGAAGAGGUUUAGUGUUCUGCAUCUAUCUAAUAUGACACUUGCCAUUGGGAGCAUGGUGUACCAUGCUACUUUGCAACGUGUACAGCAGCAAGGAGAUGAAACCCCAAUGGUAUGGGAAAUGCUGUUAUAUAUCUACAUCCUCUACUCACCAGAUUGGCAUUACCGAAGCACAAUGCCCACCUUCCUGUUUCUCUACGGUGCUGCAUUUGCUGUUUUCCAUUCACUCGUUCGGUUUGGAAUGGGCUUCAAGGUUCAUUACAUGAUCCUCUGUCUUCUGUGCAUCCCACGGAUGUACAAGUACUACAUCCACACAACAGAUGCACACGCGAAAUGGCUAGCAAAGCUGUACUUGGGGACGAUACUCGUAGGAAGUUUUUGUUGGCUCUUCGACCGAGUUUUCUGCAAGAACAUCUCGUUUUGGUACAUUAACCCGCAAGGUCACGCUCUGUGGCAUGUCUUGAUGGGUUUCAAUUCUUAUUUCGCCAACACUUUCUUGAUGUUCUGUCGCGCCCAACAACUGGGUUGGAAUCCGAAAGUAGUCCAGUGCUUGGGUUUUCUUCCUUAUGUUAAGGUACAGAAACCAAAGACACAGUGAGUAAAAAAAAAAACCAAAAAACAAAAAAAAAGAGAAAGUAAAAGACUUUUGAGUUAGUGAAAAUUUGCAGUGCAGGAAAAGAAGCUUUCUUUUAAUUUUUUUUUUUUUUUGUUUUCUACUUACUCUUCUUUCACUUUCUUCCCACUCCAAUAUUUUGAAAGUAGGUGGAUUUGUUUUUCAAGGGCAGCAACAGUAAUUAUAAUUCUUUGCUUCGUUUUACUUGAUGAAUGUUAAUGGUAGUUUUUGAAAA